CAGAAUAGUUUGAUAAUCUGUGGACAGACCAUAGAUAAAGAUCCUGCUGGUGUCAGUGAUUUUCAAAAAUUUUCUAUGUCCAUCUAUGAUACUAUAGAAAAUCACUGGUUAAUGUACUUUAAGUUAAAGCAAAAAAGAGACAAAAUAGUGGGAAAAUCGGUUGAUCAUAAAUCCUAUGACCCAUGACCAUCUAUCAAUCUAUCAACCGUUACACUGAAUUGGAAUUCCACAGUUAGCAGGAUGGGUGAAGUCGAUUACCAGAUGGCUUUGCUGCUUCAAUACAAAUUUGAGCAAGAAAAUAAAAGAGGAGACACCCACGACGCAGAUCGUGCACUCGCACUGCGGCUUCAGGAGCAGUUCCACGCUGAAGUUGAGACUGAAAGACCAGGGAAUAAUUUGGUAUACAAAACCCAAAGAAACUUAAACAACAGCAAAUGUCUUGUGGAUCCUUCUUGGGAGGUGAUCGAUCCCACUCCAGAUGUACAUGUUCUGUUUAUGGCCUUCAAUAAAAAGUUUUUCUGGAAUGCUUUGGAAUCUGUGACCGUGUCUUGGAGUAAAAGAAUGACCAGUUGUGCUGGGAUUUGUUCAUAUCAAGGCAGAGGAGGCAUGUGCUCGAUCACUUUAAGUGAGCCUCUACUGAAACUCAGGCCCAGGAAAGACUUGGUGGAAACUCUUCUUCAUGAAAUGAUCCAUGCGUAUUUAUUUGUUACUCAUAAUAAUAGAGACAAAGAUGGUCAUGGCCCAGAGUUUCAAAAGCAUAUGUACAGGAUCAAUGCUGAAGCAGGCACAAAUAUUACCAUUUACCACGAUUUCUAUGAUGAAGUAAGACAAUACAAACAGCAUUGGUGGAAGUGUAACGGCCCUUGCCAAUAUAAUAAACCCUAUUUUGGUGUUGUCAGGAGAGCCACUAAUAGGGCUCCGGGCCCCAAUGAUCGGUGGUUUCCGGAGCACAUGAGGAAUUGUGGCGGACAAUUUAUUAAGAUUAAAAGUCCCGAAUUACCUGCCAAACAACAAAAAGGUAAAGGGACCAAAGCAGCUACUGCAACAUCGACACAGACAAAGUCUGAAUCUACCAAACCAUCUUCAAAUAAUGACAUUAGAAAAUAUAUUUCGUCUACUAGUAAGCCACCAUUGGCUGCAAAUCUGAAGGAUUCUGUGGCCUCAAGUUUAUCAUACCCAAAUAAAAUCCAUACGGUAUCUAAUACGUCUGAAAAUUGCCCAAAAGUCAGCAACGUAAUUCCAUCCAAAGCUAGUAACAUUUUCGGGUUUACUAACGUUACAAGCCAUUCAAAGAGACCGACUGCAACGGCGGUGAAGAACUCUGGAAGCAGCACAUUUGUGGUAACAAAUAAAGGAAGCAGGACGAAACCCAAUGCUGCUUCUAAGGACGAUUCAAAGAAAGUUGGCUCCAAUGCGGUAGCAGAAGUGCAGCCAUUUAGCGGUGUUGGGAGAAACCUAAGCCACCCCAGCAGCACCUCUUCUUCGACUAGCCAAAGUUAUUCGAAAGUAAGAGAGCAUUGGCUGAAAAAGUUCGAUAAAAAAUCGAAUCCAGAUCUGAAAGGGACUGGCGCGAAAAGGCGUCCUUCUUCAACUCUUCCCUCAAGUCCUCAAAAAGUUCCUAAAUUAUGCAGUGAUAGAAGGGAAGAUGCCAGCGAAGCAAAAUGCCCCGUAUGUGGGCGGCUUUUUAAAAUGGAACUUUUGAAUGAUCAUUUGGAUAAUUGCUUAAAAAAUCAGAGCCAAGAAUGUUUGAUUUGUUCGGCUGAAAUACCUAAGCAGGAGCUUCAAAAGCACGUUUCAGAUUGUGCUUCGAAAAAUUUUAAUGAUGAUUUUGAGGCCGAAGCAAAUUUAACUGAAUGCCCGAUGUGUGCUAAAAAAAUUGACCAUAAAAAUGACCCAAAACAUUCAGAUACAUGCAAAGGAAAACAUCGCUUUCAAACCUGUUCUGUUUGCAAGAAAAUGGUAGCAUCCCAACAGUAUGAUAUUCAUUUGAAAAAUUGUUUAUCCAAUAUGAAGGAGUUUGAUAGAAAAUGUCCCAUAGUUGAAAAUCAGGUUACUUCCUGUUUGGCUUGUGGUAAACAAAUCGUGAAAAAAGAUUUGGAUGUGCAUUUAGACGACUGUAUGAGUAUGAGCAACAUUUUCGACACUUCGCAAGUGCCUAUAGAAGACAUUGAAGAUAGUGACAAUAAAGAAAAUUGCUACAAUUGCCCUUUUUGCUUGGAACUAAUUGCAGAAGAACAAAUGCAAUCUCAUAUGAAUGGAUGCUUCACAUCGGACAAUGAAAAUAGCUUAUUAUUGGAAACGGUGUAUAAUGUUGAUUCCGAUAGCGACUGAUUGUUGCAGUUGUAACCAAAGUCAAAUAUUAUUUUUUAGUUUUUUGUUUAUGUGGUUUAUAUUAUGUAAUUUAUUGACAUUUUACUGUUUUUUACUGUUGAAGGUUUAUGAAGGUAUAUAAAUAAAUAUUUUUGCGUA